UCUCACGCCACCUCACGACAAGUGUCACCGUCAAGACAAGUCGACAAAGCAAACAGUGACCUCGAUCCCACUCGAAGCCAUGACGAGCGACGAUCAACAAUUCCUCGACUUGCUCGCCAGUGUUCCCCAGGACAUAGCCCACUAUGGAAGUCGUAUUGCCGACUACAUCGAGAAACAUACCAAUACUAUAGCCUCCGACAUCCGCGAUGCCAUUGACUCGGCCACGUGGAUUCCCGACUCUCUACGUCCCCUCCGUCAACCAGGUACCGGACCUGGAGCAUUCUUCACUCGUCCUCCUCCACCUCCACAAGGUUUCUUGGAAAAGACUACCGCAUGGGUGUCCAGGAACAGAACUGCGCUCGCCAUCGUGGUUGCGUCCACUGGGACUUGGGUCUACCUAGUCUACCGGAAGAAAAAGGCGCAUGCAAGGAAGAGGAGGGCAAAGAAACUCCCCAAUGGAGCCAAAAAAGAGAUUGUCGUGUUAGCGUGCUCGACCUUCCAUGAUGCUCUGACCCGGUCACUGGCACUUGACCUUGAAAGACGAGGCUAUGUUGUCUAUGUGACCGUCUCCUCCACCGAAGAAGACUCGUUAAUUCAACAAGAGGCCAAAGCUGACCUCCGCCCUCUGUGGAUUGACCUCACUUCCACCGUUCCCAAUCCCACCGUCGACAUUCAUCCCAACCUUGAACCCAUCCGAGAAUUACUCACCAAGUCUUCUCGCCCUUCCUCACCGCACUCGGGUCGCACCGCUGGGGGAUCCUCUCUGGGAAACAUGACACUUGCAGGCAUAGUCGUCUUUCCUGGGUGUUCCGGAUAUGCCGAGGGACCCCUCGCAUUGCUACCUCCCAGUGACUUUGUCGACACCCUCAACACACGCCUUGUCAGUCCUGUACUCACCGUUCAGCAAUUCCUCCCUCUCCUCGCAAAUCAUUCUACUGAUCCCAAAUCACCUUCGAGUAUUGUCAUUGCAUACCCAUCGAUCCCUCGAUCCCUGUCAUCGCCUCGGCAAAUCCCUCAGUCUCUCGUGACAAGUUCAUUAUCAGCCUUAGCAUCAAGCCUCAGGCGAGAAAUCAAGGUCGCCAAUGCGAACAUCACCGUCAGCGAAUUGAAACUAGGCAACUUCGAUAUGGGUUCCGUCUCGACCGCACGAGAACCCCCCUUCCAGAGCACUGCCCGAUUAGACCCUGCCAACUCGGCACUGACACAAACGCCCCGAACACACUGGCACAGCUCGCAACGAGCUGCCAUUCAAAGACGGACUCUUGGCCAAAGGAGUUUCAUUCGAGGCAGUUCAGCUCGAGAUUUCCACAAUGCCGUCUUUGAUUCACUAGCCCCACCACAGACAUUCAAGGCCUUUGGCCGGUUCGAAUGGCAGAGCAAAACCAGAUCGGACGUGACUUUUGUUGGAAGUGGUGCUCGUCUAUACGAUAUCAUUGGUUCGACUCUCCCGGGAGGUCUUGUGUCUUGGAUGAUGGGGUAUCGACCACAACAUCGGACCUUUGAAGCUGAAAGGCCUCCUACCAUACCUGCUUCGCAGCCUUAUGGUAUCAAGUCUGAGUCGUCGGGCUUUGGCACACCGGUGGGCUCGACUCCUCCUGCUUGGGGAACACUUUCUGCGAGUAGUGAGAGUGGUUUAUGGGAGAAGCUGUAAAUCAACGCCAACGUGUGAGGUCGAGGGAGACGGCACAGGGUUUCUGAUGGGUUCUGCUUGGGUUGAUUGACUGUGGUUAUGGAUGAAUCUAUAUUACUAUUAUUACUACCAAAUCUCUUCUUCUCAAGAAUCUCUAUGGAUGGGUUCUUUAUCACGGCCCUGCUACUCAUCUUUAUAUAUAUGUAUAUGGUUGAACGAAAGAACGAACCAAGGAAUGAAUAAACC